AUGCCUGCUUGGGAUGGCGAUUCCUUGCCGCUGGAGGAUGCCAAUACUCAUAAGCAAGUCUUCGUUAUCAACCGUGCUCUGCUGCAAGAGCAACGAUCUUCAGAUCCACCAGAUGUGGCAAUCAUCGACGUACGCAGCAACCGGGAAAGAAGAAGACCAGAAGUACUUCCAAGAAUGCCGAACGGCCUAUCGGAACUGGUUUUCCGCGUCCAAGACCUUUUGUGCAACGACCAAUGUGGCGACCACACAAGAGGGAGCAGCACGAGCAAGGGCGGUGGCAACAACAGCUCCUCACUGCCAUCUCUUCCUAUUUACACACUUCGUUCACGAGCCUUUGCUUCCCCAGAAUCCUCUCAUGAGUUCGGAAGUGCGAGUAUCGGACUAGCAGGAUGGCUGCUCGAAUAUGCGGCUCUCUUUUCGCUCUUAACUCCGGCCGGCACUUCGCGUGUACCGAUUGAGUUGAAGCGCUUAUCGUCUUCGUUGUCGCAGCCAUGCGAAGCCGCUCAAGAUGGCGAACAGGCGUUCAAGGGACCUUCCCCAGGAGAAUCAAUAGACAGCUACGGUAACAAUCUAGGAGAGGAGGACUUGAUUCUCUUCCGCAGCAAGCUGAUUCUCGCCGCUGUGGCUGCCGAGCCGGAGGACAUCGACGUGAUGGCAUUCAGCAUACCCACUUGCUGUCUUUCCGAUGCUGCUCGCUGUCUUGGCCUGGUUUCCGAUGACGAUGGCGAUGCUGAGCCAGGGCAAAGGAUCGCAUCCAAAUUAAGGAGGACGUUUCAAAGACGUCUCGAGCUGCAUCAACAGCAGAAGCGGGGACAGGGAAAGCGCUCAUGGCUGCAAGGGGCGACGAUACGUGUCGACCUAUCCACGCAAAAAUUGCCGCUUGUCGCGCUCUGA